GAGGUGUGUCUCCCAACUGUCAUCUAGUGGACAAAUCUGACGUUUAGAGCUGUCAGACUUGUCAGUCAGAACUUUCAAUAUAGAAUAUAGGCUAAAAUAGGUAAAUAGGAUAGGCUUCAAAUUUCAUUAAUUUCAAUUUUCAAAGUGCUUUUAUUCCUGCCAUAAACAAUGGCUAUCAAAAUAUAUAUUAGUGGAAGCUCUGGCAACAAAGAGGUUAAAAAACGUCAACAAAGAGUUCUCUUGAUAUUGGAUUCAAAGAAUGUGAAGUAUGAGGUGAUAGAUAUCGCUGAACCUGGAUCGGAAGAAUCCAAAGAUUUCAUGCAAAACAAUUCUACAGCACUAGGAGGCACCAUCAGUGAUCCAAAUCCAAGACAUCCACUGCCUCCUCAGAUCUUCAAUGAUGAUUUGUAUUGUGGGGAUUAUGACAUGUUUGAUAUGGCAAAUGAAAUUGAUGAAAUGGAACAAUUUCUGAAAUUGGAAUCUGUCAAUGAGGUUACUGAAAUUGCUGAUGGUAAUUUAAAAAAUGGGGAAGCAAAGACUGAAGAUCUGAGAGAAAAUGAAACUAAGGAAAACAUAGUUCCCAACCUCCAAGAAACUGAAGUGAAACCAGAGACAGAAAAUGAAGAAACUCCAGAAGAUCUCACAGCAGAUAAGCAUGAAGAAAGUGAUGCUGGUGAUGCAAAAAUUGAGAAUGGAAAUGAGGAGGCUCCUGCUGAACUUGCUGAUGAAUAAUUGCUCAGGAACUUUCUUAUCAGAUAGAGCACUGAACUUAACAAUUCAAGACAUGCCCUGGUAAAAUAACAAAUUUUGAAUUUUCACAUUGGCUUUGAAUCUAGCACUGAUAUUUGUUGUUUUACCAAGGGAGAAACUUUUCACCAAAAAAAUGUUUCCUAUUUUCCUGCCCCAUUGAAAUUGUAUAAUGCUACACAUGGAAAAGUCAGAAUAAUAGUAUUUAUGAUUAUAUUAUGGUACUAAUUAUUGGUAAUCAUUGCUUUGAUCAAAUUGCUUCAUAUUUUAUAUGUUACUGUUGAAUCAUUUUUGAAUUUUGUAAAUAUUUAUUAUAUCUAUAUUUCAAAAUAUACUAUCAUACAUCUUUUCAA